AUGGCAACAAAAGGAUCGCAAGGCAAAAGGAAGGCUGGCGUUCUGGGCGCGACUGGCUCUGUCGGACAAAGAUUUAUCCUGCUACUGGCCGACCACCCUACGCUACAUCUCCAGGCAGUUGGCGCAUCGUCGAGAUCGGCUGGCAAGCUCUAUAAAGAUGCUGUGCGGUGGAAGCAGUCGAAACCCAUGUCCACCGAGCUGGCGAAUCUCGAGGUGCGAGAGUGUAAAGCCAGUGAAUUCUCCGAUUGCGACUUGGUCUUCUCAGGUCUGGAUAGCGACGUCGCCGGUGAUGUUGAAAUGGAGUUUCUCAAGGCAGAGAUUCCUGUCUUCUCGAAUGCCAAGAACUACCGAAGAGACCCGAUCGUGCCCCUCGUGGUGCCCACGGUCAAUCUGUCGCAUCUGGGUCUGAUUCCGCAUCAACGGAAACACUUUGGCCUGAAAAAAGGCUUCCUGGUCUGUAAUUCCAACUGCGCCGUCAUCGGCAUAGUGAUUCCUUUUGCGGCUCUGCAAGCCAAAUUCGGCCCCGUGGAAGACGUCGAAGUAUUCACCGAGCAAGCCGUUUCAGGGGCUGGCUACCCCGGGGUUCCGAGCAUGGACAUCGUGGACAAUGUCAUCCCAUACAUCGCCGGCGAAGAGGACAAACUGGAGACCGAAGCGCAGAAGAUUCUCGGCUCCAUCAACUCCGAGGCAACAGCCUUUGAGGAUCAGUCCGGACUUACCGUGGGCGCCACGUGCACGCGAGUUGGCGUUACGGACGGCCAUAUGGCGUUUGUGUCCCUGAGAUUCAAACAGAGACCCCCACCCAGUGCAGAGCAAGUCAAGCAGGCCCUGAGGGAAUAUGUGGCCGAUGCGCAGAAGCUAGGUUGCCCGUCUGCCCCGGAGAAGGCCAUAGUCGUGUUUGAUGAGCCAGACCGGCCGCAGCCACGACUUGACCGAGACAUUUCCGGGGGCUACGCUGUGAGCGUAGGCAGAGUUCGAGAAGCUGCCAAAGGCUCGCAUUUUGAUAUCAGGUUUGCGGCCUUGAGCCACAACACGGUCAUUGGCGCAGCAGGGUCGUCAAUCCUGAAUGCGGAGGCGGCCAUUAUCAAGGGCCUGCUAUAG